GAUGUCUUGAAGCAAAAUGUUCAAUUGUUUGAUGAGGUGAUGAGGAAACCAAUUACUGAACCAAAAAAUUUACCAAUUACUCGCAUUGGUGAUCCUAAUUAUGAAAAGGCAAAUGCUACUUUUGUUUCACUAGUACGGAAUUCUGAAUUGAGAGGAUUAAUGUCCACCAUUUCUCAAAUUGAAGAAACAUUCAAUAAGAAGUAUCAAUAUCCAUAUGUUUUUCUAAACGAUAAACCAUUCAGUGAUCGUUUCAAAAAAGGAAUAGCUCAAGUUACUUCGGCACCUGUCUACUUUGAAGUUGUUGAUUCAGCGAGCUGGGAUAGACCUGACUUUAUUGAUCCGGUGAAAGAGAAGGAAGGAGUCAUGUAUUUAGAUGAAAAGGGCGUUGGAUAUUCAAAAAAGAUUUCCUAUCAUAACAUGUGUCGUUAUUAUUCAAUGAAUUUUUAUAAUCAUGAAAGAAUGAAGCAAUUUAGAUAUUAUUGGAGAUUAGAACCAAACACCAAUUAUUUUUGUGAGUUAGAUUAUGAUGUUUUCAAAUUCAUGCAAGAUAAUGAUAAAGUUUAUGGGUUUGUUUUGAAUCUUUACGAUUCACCUGAUUCUGUUCGUUCAUUAUGGCCAACUACACAGGAAUUUUUAAAGAAAAAUCCUCAGUAUCUGAACAAGAACGCUGCAUUAAGCUGGAUCUUGGAAAAUGAACAAAAUCCAGAACAAACUGCUAUAGCAAAUGGUUAUUCAACUUGUCAUUUCUGGUCAAAUUUUGAAAUUGGCGAUAUGGAAUUUUAUAGAGGCGAAGCUUACACUAAAUGGAUGGAAUAUUUGAAUGAAAAUGGUGGAUUUUAUUAUGAAAGAUGGGGUGAUGCUCCUGUUCAUUCAUUGGGGUUAGGUUUGUUUGCCACCAAGACUCAAAUUCAUUGGUUUAGAGAUAUUGGAUAUGAACAUUUUCCUUACAAUAAUUGCCCAAACUCACCAAAAUGUAAAAAAUGCAAAGCUGGUAUGUUUAGUAAAUUUAAGAAUUUGAAUAAUCAGAACUGUCAAGCUUCAUGGAUAAGAGAAAUGACUAAUGAAGAGCUCAAUAUUUAUUAA